GUGUCCUGAGGGGCUUCAACGGCACGGUCUUCGCGUACGGCCAGACGUCCUCGGGGAAGACCUUCACGAUGGAGGGGCCAGACAUGGACGACCAGACGCUCCAGGGCGUCAUCCCGCGGAUGGUGUGGUCCGUCUUCGACGGCAUAUACCACGCAGACGAGCACAUCGAGUUUCUGGUGAAGGUGUCCAUCGUAGAGAUCUACAACGAGCGUAUUCGGGACCUGCUGGAACCGAGUAAGGACAACCUGAAGAUCCACGAGGACAAGGCGCACGGCGUCUUCGUCGGCGAGGUCACAGAGACGCACGUGGGGCGCGAGCAGGAGAUCAUCGAGCUCAUGCGCACCGGGCGGCUGGGCCUCCCGCGCAGGCUGCUGGCGCUUGCCAGCGUCAUCACCUGCUCGCUGCCGAUGUUUGCCAGCGACCCCUCCUUCGAGGGCUGGACCACGGCGGACUCGGGCGCCCUGCUCGGGUACGCCUCCCUGGCCGCGGGCCUCGGCUUCGGCAUCUGGGGGCCCUUCGUGGACUACGUCGGGCCCCGCUACGGGCCCGCCGCGGGCCUCGGGUGCUCGCUGUUCGGCAACUUCAUCGGGGUGCUCCUGCUGUCCCAGGCCGAGAGCAAGGCGAUGCUGACCAUGGGCGCGCUGUUCAUCCGCCUGAGCUACUCCGCGGGCUUCCCCUCCGAGAUCAAGGCGAUCCAGCUGACGGUCCCGGAGCAGUACCAGGGCACGGCCCUGUCGAUGCUGGGCUUCGGCUCCCGCUGCGGCGCCAUCGUCGGCCGGGCGGUGUUCGGGAUGCUGCUGCAGUACUACACGUGGCGCACGCUGGCCAAGUGCAUCUCCGGCGCGCUCUUCUUCGCGGCCAUCGCGACGAUCGUCCUCGUCAAUGGGAAGUUGGCCGAGGCCGCAAAGACCAGGAAGCAGGUCGACACGAACGCCCCGAAGAAGAGCCUGGCGCAAAAGCUGGGGAAGCUGGGCAAGGAGCCAGCCGUGUGGAUGCUCGCCACGGGGUUCUCGCUCCUGUGCUUCAUCAUGCACGGGGACGACCUGAUGCCGCUGUUGUUCUACGGGCUGACCGGGAACCCCCUGAGCGUGACGUACUCUGCGAUCUUCCCGCUCGGCGGCAUCUGCGCGAUGAUCGCGAACGCCACCCAGUCACACAAGAUCAAAUCCAAGGAGACGAAGGAGUGGUUCUACGUUUACCUCAGCAGCAUCGCCAUCGCCGCCUUCGCGGCGCUCUACUUCGUCACCUGCGCAGCCGGUGCGGGCAACGUGGCAAUGCCCGUCGUCAUGGCCUUGAUCUGGAUUGCGGGCUUCACAGCAGCCCCUCCAUAUUACCAGCUGGCGAACAUCUUCGCAAUGGAGUACGGGGGCGAUGACAGCGCCACGCUUGUCAGCAUCUACGAACUGGUGGCUUUCUUCACCAAGUCUCCAGUUCAUUCUCAGAUCCUGACGAUCGCUGAUUCUGGCUGGGAGAAUGUCGUGCUGAGCCUCUUCGCGAUCGCAGUGUGUGCUUUCGUGACCAUGUUCUUCUUCGUGCGUCGCUGGCACAAGGUGCUGCGCAAGAAGGACGACUACGUCAAGGACUACGCCCCGCUCAGCAACAACAAGCAGCCGCUGGCCCGCGGGGUGACGCCGUAG